GUGCAUACAUCUUUCACCUGCGAGAUUUCCCAGAUUGUGUCGUACAAUACCUCAUAUCUUCUAAGCACUUUCUUUUUGACAUUCCCAUCUUUAUUCUCCCUCAAUGAUCCUUCAGUUCGGAAGGAGAUCAAAAUAACUUGUUUCAAUCCCAAUCUCAAUCUUUACAAUUGAACCUCGCCUCCUCCGUUUACGUAUCUAUCUAUUUACCCCACCUUUCCCCAUCCCAUCAUCACUAUCCAACCCAACAAAUUAGCAAGCGAGCAACCAAGCAACCAUGAACGUCUCCUGCGAAUGCCAAAAUGUAGUUUUUAAAACUCCGUUACCGAAACCGUUGGCGAUUUACAUUUGUCAUUGCAAUGAAUGCAGACGCCAAUCAUCCUCCGCAUUUGGCGCUUCUGCUAUUUUUCCUCGGUUUCCAUUGCCGUGUCCAGAGUUUCUGGCAGUUUAUACACGUCCCACGGCUUCAGGACACACGGUAAAUUGUUAUUUCUGCAAAACGUGCGGUACACGGUUAAUCCACAGCACGCCUGGAAAAAGCGUUGUCAGUGUGAAGGGAGGGUGCAUUGAGGGAUUGGAUUGGAAAAUGGCGAAACAUAUUUGGGUUAAGAGGGCUAUGGUUCCCAUUCCUGAAGGAGCAGAGGUUUCGGAAGAGGAGCCGGAACAUGAAUCUUACAUCUGCCGGACGACGGAUAUUUUGGAAAAUGGGAAGAUGGAUGCUAGUGCUGCAUGAAAGGGACGUGGAAUUGAGUUACUGUUCUUAGUAAAUAUAGGGCAUGGUGAUGAUUAUUUCAAUUAUUCUAAUAUUGAAAACAACUAGCUUUUAAUAACAACUAAGGA